AUGGAUUUGUUUCACAACGAACAUCUUGUCUAUCCACAGACUGUUGAUGUCUCAAGGGGAAGGUUGCGAGUGAGGAGGAAACUUGGCCUUCCAGAUCCGGCUGUCAUGCUGGAAUGCGAUGGAACUGACUACCAAGAAGAUGAUUUCGAUCAGUUCAGCAGAAUGAUAUUGAAGUGCGAGGCCAAUGCCACUGAGAGGAGACAUUCUGCUCAAGCUGCGUUCGUCAGCCAUGCUCGAGCAAAACCACGCCCUUCCCAUCACAUGACUGCCGUUCGAACACUCGCACAGCUUGCGAGCGAGGACAGCAUGGACAAGCGAUCAGCGCAGUCCGUCAGGACUGUCCAGGGCAAGUGCGGUAAACAAAGCGAGCAGACAUAUCUUCGAUUCCCUGAAUGCGAAAGCAUCGACAUGGAACCAAGGAGGGACGCGAGCAAGAAAGCACUGGCGGACCGCGUGAAGUUGCCGAUACCUGACGUGGCCUCUUUCGGUGAUGGUAGGAGGGGAAGACACCAGACAUCGGACUUGUUCAUCGCGAGCCCUGGCGUGUUUGAUGGAGGCAAAUUCGCCCUGGCGGCUGAUUUCUCGCAAGUGACAUACAGAUCCUUUGACGAGGACAACGGGACAGAGGAUGAGCUCAUUCUGAGAGAGCAAACAGAGAUGUCGCGGACUGAAGAUGGGAGGAGCUUCAUCAUCGAGUCGAGAAGAACUGCGGUCCUCUCCAGGGACUCUCUCGAAGCUGCGAUGGGGAUCCGCAAGCUAAUCUGCAUGGCGGCCAGACGAAGGUUGUCAGGGCUGCCCGAAGACCGCAACAAUGACUCGUCGGAUUUGAUCUCAGUCUCGGAUGCUCAUUCUGAUAUAGUGAAAUCUAUGCACGUGACGGAGAUGAUGCUUGCCUUUGCCAUGAUGCUGCACAAGAGACUGGGGAGACAGACGACUCUUCGCUCCCUCGCUCACUCCGGAGGCCUUCGAUCGGAGGCAGAAAUCAUGGCCCAGGUCGUCAGACGAGUCCUCGAGGAGUUCCAGAAGAUGAUGACGUGGCACUCGGUCGACCCACAGGGCUCUCCGAGUUUUCAAGAUGUGGUGGCUGAAGAUUUCAACCCUCACAACGACACCUCCGACAACUGUACGAUCUUGUCCAAUGACAUAAUGAUGCAGGCUGGAUGCCAGCUGGAUGCCUCACCGAACAACCUCCAGCCCACGGGCUGCAUGCGAUUGGUUCCUGUGGACAUGAGGCUGAUGGAUAGUGUCGAUGGAUACAUGGCAAGCGAGUUCCCUCCAGAGCAGCAACCGAUGAGGAAGGUGGAUGAAGUUGAGCCCAUGAAGGAGAAGAAGCCUGUGCUCAUGACUCUCUCUCGCACGAGGAGGGAAAAGUGCAUGUUGAUCCAGUGUGCCUAUCGAAGGCAUCUAGCAGCGGGGCGGUUCGAAGCAGUACGAGAGGAAAGGAGGUCGCAGGGGAGGAGAAGCGCUGCUGUGUUUCUGCAGAUCAAAGUCUUCCAUGCGUUGGAGAGGAGGAGGAGGCUGAUAUCACGUCAAAUGGAGUGCAAGAUCAUCAUUGUUGGCUUUCUGCGAUACGCAGAGGCGAAGAGAAAGUUCGCGACUGAAUUCAGGGAGAGAGCUUUAUUCAAGAUAUUCUCGUCUUUACACUCCAUCCAUCAUCGGCAAGGAGCGGACAGGGGCGAGCAGGCUCAUGACACUGUACAAGAUGGUGUAGGUAGCGAAUGGAAGCUCCGGAUCGGUACAAUUCAAAGAGCGAUCAGGGCAAAGUCCGCUCGAGGUGCCCUCGCCGAAGCGAAAACGAGAAGAUCGGAGCGGAUCGGAAUGCAGCUCGUUCGCUUUCUUGUCGCAAGGAGUACUCGUCAAGCAUACGAACAAGGUUGUGUCCCGCAGCUCUUGGGCCGCAAGGCAACUUUGAUACAAAGCAACUUUCGUGUGUUCUUGUCAAGGAAGAAGCUGAUCUUGGUCAAGAGCGUCCGUUUUUACGAGUUGCACGAGGAGGCAAGAGUGCAUGCUGCCAGGCGCAUCCAAGGUGCCCACAUAUGCUUCCUCGCUAGGAAGAGAGUCGAGCAGGAGCUCAAGCUGAAGUCGCUGCUGGCAAGCGAUUGGAUGCAGCAGAGGGUGACGUCCUGCGUGAAGCUGCAGGUUGCUAUGAGGGGCUUCUUAGCCCGCAAGGAUCUGCUGCUGAGGAUGAAGGUGGCGGAGAUCCAGGAGGUGGUGAAGCAGCGCAUGGAGCUAAGUAUGAGCGCUGUAGCAAUCCAACAGCACUGGAGGAGAUGGCAGGCAAAGCGACAAGAAGACGAAAAUCUGCUGCUUGCUUUCCCUCAAGACUCUCACACAAGGGAGGAUCGAGGAGCGCUGAGGAUUCAGCGACAGUGGCGAGGGCACAGCGUGCGAGAGAAGGUGCGGGCGAUGUGGCGACAGCUUGCGUCUGUCCGGAUCCAACGAGCCUUUCGUGGCCACAUGGCGCGGAGCAGGAUGCGAUGGCUGCGGGUGAUCUUGCCCGCUCAGCAGUUCCUGCAAGAACAUUCGUUAACAAGUUGA